GAGGGGGCACGACGUUUGGCAGCCCCGCGCUGCAUGCCGGGAUAUGUAUGUCGCUCUUGUUUACAAGUAGUUCGCGGAAAAGACCGUGGCUGUGAUUUGAAAACAGCCGAGUGUCACGACCGCAGCCUUAUUUACGCGUAGCGCAGGACGUGGAGCGGUGUGACCCGCAGCGACGCGCACCGGACGCGCUUCAGACCCCGGAGGCAGCGUUCAGCUUUUUUUGCACUGUCACCGACGAACCCAGCGCACAGAAGUGGGCAAAUCACUGGAUCAUCCCUUUGGCCUGACGCACGACACCUGUAUCCAGCCGAAUGAACAGAGCGACUGCACUGCAUUUAAUCGAGCGCUACUUUCGGCAGUUAACUGAAGGCUGUGGAAAUGGCAACUGCACGAACGAGUUUUGCGCUUCGUGCCGUGACUUCCGACCCUUGGAUACCAACUCGGCAGCCGUCAAAGCGCUUGAGCUACUCAAGAUUAAUGCUAAACUCUGCGAUCCUCACCCCUCCAAGAAAGAAUCGGAGCCCGGUCCCAAAGAGAGCGCUGAGCUGGACGGUACGAUGUGCAGCACGUGUCCCACCAAGGAGGACUACUCAGAUGUUCGCUACCUCACUGAAGACGCUGUGUAUGCACUCCUGAGUGUCUGUGAGGAGGAAGGGGACUACUCGGUUCUGAUUCGUCUCAUCGGCAAAGUCUUCUCUAACGCAGAAGCCCUGAUGAAGAGUUUCAGGAAGAAUGAACCCAACACUACUGAAAACUCUUUAACACCAGCGGACGUGGACGAGCACGAGAGCCAAGGUCAGGAACCCUCGGACACGAUGGGUGCUUCCUCUGCUGCUGCUUUGCCCUCGGGGGCUUCCGGUGAUGCGUCCAGCCCUUGUGACAUCACCGUGGACGUCGACGCCGUGAGGAGGGUCUACGCCAGACUUCUAGCCGUCAGCCAGGUGGAGUCUGCGCUCGUAAAUGCUCUCGUGUACCUCACUCCCAACGUGGAACUCGACCUGGAAUACCUCGACGUGUACGAGACGAACCACGACUACCUGAACAUUUUCGUCACGGUGAUGGAGAACAGGAACCUUCACAGCCCCGAGUACCUCGAGGUGGCUUUGCCGCAGUUCUGCAAGGCCAUGAGCAAGCUGCCGGUGGCGGCGCUCGCCCGGCUGUCGAGGCUCUGGGCCACGUACAGCCUUCCUCACGUCCGCCGGAUGAUGGAAACCUUCCAGCAGCUCAUCACUUUCACGGUUGUCAGCAACGAGUAUGACGCGGACAAUCUGGUGAAUGACGACGAGACGGUGGUGGCCGCGACCCAGUGUUUGAAGGUGGUCUUCUAUGCCAGUAUCCUAGGAGGCGACGUUGACAUCGAGCAUAACGAGGAGGAGGAGGAGGACGGCGAUUCAGACGAGCUCACGCUGCAUGAGCUCCUCGGUGAGGAGCAGCUGUAUAAGAAAGGCCCCCGGGUCGAUCCCUUGGGCAAAGAACUGGGCGUCCGACCCAUCGAUAGCAUAACGCCCCUCAUCCCCUUCGAUGAGUUCAUCAACGAAUCCCUGAACGAUGUGGUGGAGAUGGACAAGGAUUUCACCUUCUUCAAGGUCAACGCUGAGACCAAGUUCUCCUUCCAGAGCUGCCCGUUCGUCCUCAGCGUCAUCACCAAGAGUCAGGGGCUGUACUACGACAACAGGAUCAGGAUGUACAGCGAGCGACGCCUCACGGCCCUCUACAGCGUGGUGCAGGGCCAGCAGCCCAACCCCUACCUCAAGCUCAAAGUCCGCAGGGAUCACAUCAUCGACGACGCCCUCGUCAGGCUGGAGAUGAUCUCCAUGGAGAACCCGUCCGACCUGAAGAAACAGCUGUUUGUGGAGUUCGAAGGGGAGCAGGGGGUUGAUGAAGGAGGGGUUUCAAAGGAGUUCUUUCAGUUGGUCUUAGAGGAAAUUUUCAAUCCCGACAUAGGAAUGUUCACGUACGAUGACGACACAAAGCUUUUCUGGUUUAAUUCAUCCUCCCUGGAGAAUGAAGCGCAGUACACUCUUAUAGGAAUCGUCCUCGGACUCGCCAUUUACAACAACUGCAUCCUGGAUGUCCAUUUCCCAAUGGUUGUCUACAGGAAACUCAUGGGCAAGAAGGGGACCUACUUGGACCUGUCCGAUUCACACCCAGUUCUCUACCAGAGUCUGAAGGAAUUACUUCAAUAUUCUGGUAACGUAGAGGAAGACAUGACGCUCACCUUCCAAAUAUCACACACAGAUCUUUUUGGAAACCCAGUAUUAUAUGACUUGAAGGAGCAGGCUGACCAGAUUCCUGUCACUAAGGAGAACAGACAGGAAUUUGUGGCUCUGUAUGCCGAUUACAUAUUAAACAAGAGUGUGGGGAGACAAUUCAUAGCCUUCAAAAAAGGUUUUCAAAUGGUCACGAACGAAUCGCCACUCAAUUACCUGUUUCGACCAGAGGAAGUGGAGCUGCUAAUCUGUGGAAGCAGAAAACUUGAUUUUGAAGCACUUGAAAAGACAACAGAGUACGACGGCGGUUACAGCAAAGAUAGUCAAAUUAUUAAAGAUUUCUGGGAAACCGUUCACUCGUUUGGAACAGAGCAGAAGAGGCUGUUUCUUCAGUUCACCACCGGCACAGACAGGGCACCCGUCGGCGGCCUCGGGAAGUUAAAAAUGAUCAUCGCCAAGAACGGCUCAGACACUGACAGGCUACCGACCUCUCACACCUGCUUCAACGCGCUGCUGCUCCCAGAGUACUCCUCCAAAGACAAACUGAGGGAACGGCUCCUGAAGGCCAUCACCUACGCCAAAGGCUUCGGGAUGCUGUGAAAGGAUGCUCGCGGCGGCCUCUGGACGAACACAAGAGCAGUAUCGUAGACUUAGAGAGAAGCAAAAUGCUGCAAUAACCCUGUGCCUCGCCAAGCUCCACCAGUUCUACGCGACUGUCGGCCUCACUCCAGCUAAGAGUUUAGGAUUUCCAAAGAAUCUAACACCAAAAUUUAAACAUGUUUUUUUCUUUUCUUCUGUUUUUGCAUGUGCGUUUUCUUUUUAAACGAUACUUCAUAUGUGAAACUGUGAAAGUGCACUUACACACAUGAAUUCAGUAAAUGCCAGCACAUGCAGUAUCCAGAGUUAUUCACUGGUAUGACUACUUGUGCUCUUGCUGUCACUGUAUAGUAAGAGUUUCCAGUCUCAGGCCGUCCUCCAGCUGAGUGGAGAGAACACCGUGGUGCUUCCUGGUUUACUGAUGUUAAGCCUUUUGUAUUACUGCUAAUCAAAAUAGCAAAUCACUGACAAAAACACACAUAUACGUAUAUAUAUACACUAUUUACUGUCAGUGUGAGAUCAAACUCAGCCGCAGUCUAAAACUCAUUUACUCUUCAGAUGAUUUGUGUUGUGAAUCAACUAACGUGAUCAGACACAGACCGAUCACCUCAGACUCUCACAUCCGUCUCUUUGUGCUAUUAGUGUCAUUGAUUGCACAUAUGUACUGUAAUGUGCGAUCGCCAACUGUGCAACGCCUGCACGGGGAAAUAAGUCACAUAUUGGGCAAAAUAUCUCAGGUACAUGAAGGAUGUGCAAAAAGUGUGAAACUCCUCUAUUUAAAGUAAAUAAUAUGCAAAGUCAAUAAAGAAAGAACUUUGUGAAAACAUG